AUGACGAGAAAGAGACGUGCUACUGAGAUGAAUAACGCUGAAGAGGCGGAGGAGGACCCACAUGCGUCGGCUGCUGAAGAGGAAAGUAAGAGUACAGCUUUGGACUUGAAAGAGUCGAACGAUAGCAGCAGCACAAGUAGCCAAGAAGGUGACGAGGAGUCGCAACCGGAGCCUUAUCGCAAGAAGCUGGAGGAAGGAGAACCUGGUACUUUGACUGGACGUCCCUUGCGUCUUUAUGCUGAUGGCAUCUUUGAUCUUUUUCAUUUUGGACAUGCAAAAGCCCUGCAGCAGUGCAAAGAGGCAUAUCCUAAUACGUACCUGAUCGUGGGCUGCUGCAGUGACGCCAUCACACACAAGCUAAAGGGUCGCACUGUCAUGACGGACAAGGAACGGUAUGAAUCGCUGCGUCACUGCAGAUGGGUAGAUGAGGUGGUUGAAGAUGCCCCUUGGGUUCUAUCAGAUGAGUUUCUGGAGAAACACGAGAUUGACUAUGUAUGUCACGAUGCGCUACCAUACUCUGAUACUUCGGGUGAGGCGUCGGAGGGUGAUGUGUAUGCACGUAUCAAGGCAAUGGGCAAGUUUUUGGAAACACGACGCACGGGCGGCAUCUCGACGUCAGACUUGAUCAUCCGUAUCAUUGCAGAGUAUGACACGUUCAUUCGUCGUAAUUUGCAGCGCGGAUACUCUGGCAAGGACAUGAAUGUGCCGUUCAUUAAGGAAAAGACUAUCAAGUUUGACAUGGCAGUAGACAAGGUACGCAACGACGUUGAUGGAUUCGUGCACAAGUGGAUCAGCAAAGCUGAUGACAUGCAGCACAGCUUUCUAGAGCUUUUUAGCAAGGAAGGUCGUCUGCGCACAUCAUUCCGCAAGCGUCGAAAGAUUAUCAAGGAGCGCUUGUCAGAGCGCAUGUCGGAGAUGGCGCGUGAAGGAUUGUGCUAA